AUGCGUUCCGCAAACGUCGGCGCUAGCAUCUUGCCUGUUCUGGCUAGCCUGAGCACCACUGUGCUUGCUCACGGCCAUGUCCAGUACCACGUCAUGAACUCAGCCACCUACACCGGCUUCCUCCCCGUCAAAACCCCCGACUUCACCGCCGACCCGCCCAGCAUCGUGCGCAAGAUCGGCGGCAACGGGCCCGUCCUGGACAUCGGCACCGUCAACAUCACCUGCAACAUCGGCGCCGCCCCCAUCACGGACUCGUCCGGCUCCUCCCUCACCGGCGCCGUCACCGCCGGCACCAACAUCACCUUCCUCUGGAACGAGUGGCCGCACAGCGGCCCCGUGCUCACCUACAUGGCCAAGUGCGAUCCGGACUGCGGUUCCUUCACGGGCACCGAAGGCGCCGUCUGGUUCAAGAUCGACGAGUGGGGGUACCAGGACGAGACGUGGGGGUCGCAGAAGCUGGUCGACGACGGCAACGUCUGGACGUCGACGGUGCCGGCGUGCCUGGCGCCCGGCGAGUACCUCGUGCGCCACGAGAUCAUCGCGCUGAGCGACUGCAAGACGGAGGGGAAGUGCCAGUUCUAUCCGAGCUGUGCGCAGGUCACGGUUGAGGGGGACGGCGCGGAGGUGCCGAGUGGGGACAGCGUGAUUGCCUUGCCCGGAGGGUAUAAGACGGAUGGGCAGGGCAUUUUGUGGGAUACGAAUAAGCAGAGUCCCGCGGAUUAUGUCACGCCUGGCCCGGCGGUGUUUGAGUGCCCGAGCUGA